AUGGAACUGUGGGAGCAAACUUUCUCUUGCAAGUGGCUAGAUCAGGAGAAAUUUCAUGCCUUGAUGGCCAAUGGAACAAUGAAAGCAUGUACAGGAGAAGAAAAGCUGGAGAGUCUGAUGAUGGAAUUAGAGCAUAGAGUAUCUCUACAUGUUUACACUGCUGUUUAUGCCAUUGCCUGGGCAUUACAUAAUAUGCUUUAUUGUACACAUGGAUAUGGAGCAUUACAUGCUGGAACCUGUGCCACUAUUUCCUCAUUUUACCCAUGGCAACUUCUCCAUUAUGUUAGAAAUGUAAACUUCAAGACCAAAGAUGGGAGCCACGUAUUCUUUGAUGCCAAUGGAAACCCUCCAGCUAUGUAUGACAUUGUAAAUUGGCGUGUGAGUGCCAAUAGCUCACUGGAGAAGGUUACAGUUGGAAGGUUUGACGUUAACAGCCCUGAUGGGACAAUUUUCAAUGUAUAUGGUGCUGAAAUGAUAUGGAUCAACCACACACAGCUUAGCAGUCAUCUCCAGCUUAUUUUCAUUGACCCCAAUUACUACGGUAUAUUGGGAGUUUUUAUUUGUUAUAAGAAAACACCAAUAGUUCGAGCCAAUAACUAUUUCCUUAGUUGCCUUCUCCUGUUCUCCCUGUUCCUCUGUUUCCUUUGCUCUUUAGGUUUUAUUGGUUACCCACAACCCGAAAAGUGCCUUCUGCGUCAGGUGGCAUUUGGGAUGACUUUCACCUUCUGCAUCUCCUGUGUUUUGGCCAAAACCAUCACUGUUGUCAUUGCCUUUAAUGCAACCAAACCAGGCAGCAGGUUAAAGAGGUGGACAGGGGUAAAAGUGUCCUACUGUGUCCUUUUGGUUUGUACGUUAAUCCAAACCUUUUUGUGUGUAAUGUGGCUGAUCCUCUCUCCUCCAUUCCCUGAAUUCGAGACAGACAAAAAACCUGGAGCUAUUAUCAUUAAUUGUAAUGAAGGAUCUUCCAUAGCUUUCUGGUGCAUGCUGGGAUAUCUUGGACUUUUGGCGACCAUCAGUUUCAUUGUUGCCUUCCUGGCCAGACGUCUCCCUGACAGUUUUAAUGAAACCAAAUUUAUCACAUUCAGUAUGUUGGCUUUCCUCAGUGUCUGGGUGUCCUUUAUCCCAGCCUAUCUCAGUGCACGGGGCAUGUAUACUGUGGCAAUGGAGGUCUUUGCCAUUAUGUCUUCCAGCUUGGCUGUGGUGAUCUGUAUAUUCUUGCCAAAAUGUUUCAUUGUCUUGUUCAGGCCCAAACUCAACUCUCGAGAGCAUCUCAUGGGAAAAAGCAGAGGUAAAAAAUAA